CAUCCACCCAGCCCCCGCUCGCCCCGGUCCGUUUCCGCUAAAUUCGGCUGGUCGCCCCGCUCCUGGUCUCAUCCUCCAUCCUCCAUCCUCCAUCGCAUCCUCAUCUCCUGUCCGUCUCGGCAAUCUCGCACCAUGGGCGCCCUCUUCCACCGCAUCUUCAACACUCUCGUGUACCUGUUCUUCUUCGGAAACCACCUGUACUCGUUCAUCGAGACUGGCAAGCAGUCCGGUGAUUUCUACGGUUCCCACCCCACCUACAUCACCCCUGCUCCCUGGGCCUAUGACAUCUGGGCUCUGAUCCACCUCCUCUUCGGUGGCUUCACCAUCUGGCAGUGGCUCCCCGGAACUGAGGAGAUCGUCCACCACGGCUUCGCUGGCUGGUUCGCCGUUGCUGCCCUCCUCUCCAGCGUCUGGCUCAACCUCUGGGAGUCCGACCACCUCGUCCUCGCCCUCUUCGUCCUCCUCCUCGCCUCCGGCGCCGUCUCUGUCCUCUACUACCACCUCACCUACCUCUACCCCGCCGAGUCUCUCAUCCAGUCCGUCUUUGUCCACGCCCCCGUCUCUCUCUGGCACGGCUGGCUCGUCUUUGUCUUCUGGAUCAACCUCCUCGCCAUCUUCACCACCGUCAACGACAACGCCGACCCCAGCUGGAUCCAGGUCGUCAUUGCCCUCUUUGUCAUCUUCCAGAUCACCGGCACUGCCAUCGCCUACACCGAGUACAAGAGCAAGCACGGUGAUAUUGCCGGUGCCUUUGCCAUCACCUGGGCCCUCGCCGCCGUCGCUGCCAACCAGCACAACGGCUGGAUCCACUACAGCUCCAUCGUCGGUGUCAUCAUCGUCGUUCUCUACGCCCUCGGCCGCCCCGUCCGUGCCCACCGUGAGGCGACUGCUGAGGCCCAGCCCCUCCUUGGUUAAAUCCGACUUGGGUCUGCCGUGGCUCGCAACGCCGUCUGUCGUCGCAGCGUCCACCGCACUUAGCUGGCGUGUCUCCCGCAUCCCAAGCGAUUUCCAUUGCGCCCUCUCCCGCCCCUCCUUUCGUAUCAUUUCCACAUUCCCCCUCACCGCACACUGUCGAUAAGCGGUCCCCAUGUUUCUUGUUUGUCGAAAGUUGCUCAAUAUAGCGAUGGUUCUCAAUGGUAA